AUGGUUGAUAUCCUAAAACGAACACGUCGAACUGAUUGUCCAAUCGGAGGUGAAUUUGAUCGUGUCUCCCUCCCUCGGGACUAUGGUAGAUCUUUGACUUAUAUCAUCGAUACGCUGAUGCACGUCCUGGAUUCUUUCGACGAACGACUCGUGAUCUUGAGAGAUAACUAUGCCGCCCUCUGUCCCGAACAAGGUCUUUCGUUCGAGGUUGCUGUCGAACUAGCAAACUGGGAAUGUCAGGACCUUGAAGAAGUAAAGGAUAUUUCGGCUACGUUGAGUGAGCUGGUCUCUACUGUUACAAAAGCUCGGAACAGGAUGUCGAAUGUUGGUCAAAACAUCGAUGGGUUGAUCGGAAUCGAAUCAGGAGGAGGGAAUAUUGACAGGAUAGCUGAACUCGGGCUUGACGUUACUACACCCCAAGACAAGAACCUGGCCGCUCUGGCAUAUAUGAUAAAUUCAGGACAGGUAAACUACGGACGAAAAACAAUCAAAGUCGAUUCGGAAGCGAGAAAGGAAGUUGCUCUCUCUUGGCGACGCGUGAUAUCCCAGCUUGUGGUAGAGAUGCGGUAUGCACAAGAGUUGCUAAGGUAUGCAGAAGACUUCUUAGAUACAGAGGAGUUUAAUCGGAUUGUUCAAGGCUGGGGUGGUAGAGGACGUGCCUCUUGGGGAAUACCCGAUGUUCUAGAAAGCUUAAUAGCGUGGUAUCGGUGCUGGAUCGAUCCUCUGGGCUGGGUAGUAGAUUUAGUUGGGAAUGCUCUUGCAGACGUACCCGAUCCCGAGCCACGAUGGAGAACUGGAGGCUUAUUAAGUCCGUAA